UGUUUUGCGGCGAAGAGGCGAGAUUUUUGAUAGGCGCCCGUAAACGUCUGCGUGAGCUGCGUGCUUUGGGGGCGUCCGUCGUUACGCGAGUGUAUCGUUGUGCUUGGUCCGUGUGUGUGCGGUUGUCGUCGUCGUCGGCCGAGCAUCGAACCGGGCCGUCUUGUCGUCCGCUGCAUUCGUGGGCAACGCAGGCAGCUCCUUGACGGGUGUUGUGUGCGCGUUUCUUGUCGUGUGGACCGUGGGAGUGUCACCUUCGGCGUUAAUCAUCCUCACGUGGCGGUCCGCGGCCCCAGCAAGGAGCUAAAGCAGAGCAAUGGCGGCCUCCGCGCAAGACGGCCCUACGAACCGCAGUGAGCUGGAGAUGAUCCAGCUCAAGAUGAACCAGACUACGGACGAGUCGUUGGAGAGGACACGGAAUAUGAUAGCACUAUGCGAAGAGAGCAAGGAAGCUGGCAUACGAACUUUAGUUGCUCUUGACGAACAAGGAGAGCAACUGGACCGCAUCGAAGAAGACAUGGACAAAAUCAACGCCGACAUGAAAGAGGCCGAGAAGAACCUCACGGGUAUGGAGAAGUGCUGUGGAAUCUGCGUCUGUCCUUGCCAGAACCCCAUUGAUGUAGUGUUGUUUAGGGCUGAGGAAGUGGCCAUGACACUCACGGGCAAGGAGUUCAAGGAAGACGCCAGCACGUGGAAGGCCAACGAGGACGGGAAGGUGGUGAAUAGUCAGCCUGCCAGGGUUAUGGACGACCGCAAUGGAGCCGGUCCAACCAGCGGAUACAUCGCCAGAAUCACAAACGACGACCGUGAGAACGAGAUGGAGGAUAACAUGGUUCAAGUGUCCACCAUGAUCGGGAACCUGCGCAAUAUGGCAAUCGACAUGGGCAGCGAGAUUGAGUCGCAAAAUCGGCAGAUCGACAGGAUCAACCAGAAGGGAACUUCCAACGUGGUUCGCGUCAAAGGCGCGCAAGAGAGGGCCGCCAAGCUUAUGAAGAGUUGAACGGCCUAUUCCUCGGCGCCCUAUUCUUCGGCACUUCCUCCGCACCCUCGACUCACACACACACUUACCGCACGCCCGGUCCUUUAAAAGAUUUUCACGACUCUACUGACGCGAUUCGUAAACCAGUUCAAUGAUUCGAUAUGUUUAAGUAAAUUCCUACGUAAAAAUUUUACGGCAAAGAUUUUACGGAAAAUUCUUACACACAACAUGUAGACAUAUGGAGUACAUACGCGCGUAACGUAUGGAGUCGAUAAGGAACCUGUGUGGACUCUUCUUCGAUGGUCUCCAUAUGGAUGUAGAAAUAUAUAAAAUUAUUAGAAUGGCAUACGAAGCGUAUCAGGAUACCAACACUCAAAACACACACAAUAGAUGCCCCCUUCCCCCACCUCCUGUCUUCAUGCGAUGAGGGCUGCGAUCGACAGAUGAUCGUGGAGAUGGUCCGUGAUUCGACGCACCUGGCCUGCCUACCUGCGGACUUUGGUGAUAGACUGAAGGAAAAGGAAAGAAGAAAUUACUGGCGAAACGUCUUCAUAUUUCUCGUGCGAUUGCGUGUCAUAUUAUUUUUAUUUUCUUAAUCAUUCAUUUGGGAUUGUACAGAUUUUUUUUUAAUUUCAGUGUGUCGUGACUUGCACAUGAUACGCACCCACGACCUAAACAGACACGCUUCACGAGUGUUUUACACUUGCUUUUUAUGAGCACUGCAUCUUUUUUUUUCUGUUUUUUCUUCUCGGCCAUGGGGCGUGAUUGUUUUGUUUUCUAAGGUCCUGUCUAUUAUGUGAUAUAGACUGCAGUGCCGGCGGUGGGGUCCUUUUUUUUUUUGCUAUGGGCAGGAACAUGUGUAGGCGUGCAGAUCAUGUGCAGGUUAAUCUACGUUCAGAUCUUCUUCAUAGAUUUUGUCACGGUUAAUACUAAAGGUUUCUGUUUUGCGUGAAUUACUAUUUUAACGUUGGGAGUUCGUUGAUUGUCUCGGUUUUCGCAUGAAAAAAAAAAAGUUGAGCGCAGGCAUAUUAGACCGCCACGUUGAACAAGAUUAUAUUCUCGUGAUAACUUCUAAAUUCACUGUAGUUAUCUGAAAAAGUUUAAACAUAGUGUUAAGCUGGUCCCGGUUAUUCUGGCUUUUAUAUGAGAAGCGGCGUGGAUAGGUGCCGUUUAAUGUACAAGUGACAGCUUGCCAACUUAAUAUGUAGAUUUUUACUUUUCGUGCUAAAGUCGCACUCCAAUGGGCUAAACUACGUCUUGGGGCUGCGCUGGGUCGAGCUUUUUUAUGGGGACUUAAGUUGUCAUAGUGAAACGUUGAUCCUAAAAAAAAACAUAAGAAAACACCAAAAUGGGUGUUUGGGGGCUUUUGUUAGUGUUUUUACCCACCGCCAUUUCCAUCGUGUCGAAGUCUUACAAUUAUCGGGCACGUUGUGUUUAUUUUGUCUUUUAUUUACUAACGGCACCGUUCGAAGAUUACCUUUUUUUUCUUGUUUUGUUGCUGUGAUUGAAUGAAAUUUGGUUUCUACU